AGUUUGUCAAAAAAUAUGUUUUGUUCAAGUUUUGAGUUUUGUAUUCUUUAUUCAUUUUAGUAUUUUUAUUUUAUAUCAAAUUAUAAUCGUUACAAUAUAUUCAGUGGUAUUGUGGUAUACAGAGCUAUGGAUUCAUUAGCAAAAAGAAAACAUCUUAACUCUCCUGAUAAUGAUGAUAACAAACGUCCUAAGAUAGAACAUUGUCCACAUAAUGAAAGAUGUUACAGAAGGAACCCACACCAUUUCAAACAAUAUGAGCAUCCAUACUUAAGUGAAUUCAUUGAAUCAACCAACUCACCUGUGAUACCAGAUAGCUGGCCUCAGCCCAAAAAUAUUUACUUGGAGCAGAUAGAAAUUUUGAGGAGCUUGUCAAGUAGCAAACCAAAAAUACAAAAUAUUGAUAAUAACAAGGAAACUUCUAGCAACAUAGCUGCAUCAAAAGUAUUACAAAAUGUAUCUUCUGGGAAUUCUAAACCUGGAUCUAGCAAAACAAUCUCAAUCAAUCAAUCAAAUAUUCCUAGCACAUCUACUACCACAACAUAUGCUUCAGACUCUGCUCAUGGUACCAUGAUGGAAAAAUUAGAAAGAGCUGCUCCUUAUAACAUUUUUUUUACUACAAUCAUUAAGGCUCCACUGACAACCAAACAGCCUAAUGCUAUUACAUUCACAGAUCUAUUGUGCCCCAGUUUAGGGGUACUGAAAAACUCUCUGCAAAUAAAUUUUAUGAUAGACAUUGACUGGUUGUUGAAGCAAUAUAAAGCAAGGGGUCUGAGUUCAAGACCAUUGACUAUAUUGUUUGGUGAUGAUUGGCCUGAUAUGGCCAAGUUCAUAGAUAUGUUUUGUCCUAAUGUGAAGUACAAGUUAGUCAAAAUGAAGGAUCCUUUUGGAGUACAUCAUUCGAAAGUUGGCAUUUAUAUUUAUGAAGAUAACUCCAUCAGAGUUGUAGUUUCAACUGCAAAUUUAUACUAUGAAGACUGGAACCACUACAACCAAGGGUUAUGGCUGAGCCCAAGCUGUCCUCAGCUGCCCGAUUCCAGACCAGACAGUGAUGGAGAGUCCCCCACUGGAUGCUUGACUACCUUAAAAAAUAUAAGGAACCUCUGCUUGAACCAUUCAUAGACCAAGUCAGAAGAGCUGAUUUCAGUUCUGUCAGGGUGUUCCUGCUGUAUUCUGUUCCUGGUAAACAUUUUCCGAAUUCCAAUGGUUGCCACCAACAUUCCAUGGCAGAUAUUUUAUCUGCUCACUGUGUUCUACCACAAAAGACAACUCCAGAGUCUGAGGGACCUCUGUCUUGGGGGGUUAUGGCACAAGCAUCCAGCAUAGGUUCGAUGGGCAAGUCGCCUGAAGAGUGGCUCAAGGGCUCGAUUUUGCUCUGCCUCGCGUGUCACACGAAAAUCCCCCGACCUCGGCGCAGCAAGGUUGCCAAACCGUCCGCUUCCAAAGCGAUGCUGAAUAUAGUCUAUCCGAGCGUGGAGAACGUCAUGAAGGGCUACUUUGGGGCGGAGAGCGGCGGUUGUUUGCCCUAUGGGAAGGCUGUGAACGAAAAACAGAGAUGGUUGCAGGAUUACAUGCAUCAGUGGAAAGCGGAGUCUUUUGGCAGAACGCGGGCGAUGCCUCAUAUAAAGACUUAUUGCCGGGUGUCUCCCUGCCUGAGCAAACUGGCAUAUUUUCUAAUAACCAGUGCCAAUCUAUCGAAAUCUGCCUGGGGAGGUCCUGUCGAUACAAAUAAUGGCAGCUACGUUAGGUCCUAUGAGGUCGGGGUACUGUUUUUACCAAAGUUCUUUGAUGAAGAGUUUUUCCAGAUAAAGAAUACUUCCAAUGGGACGAAUCAGAAGCUGUUUCCGUUUAUGUAUGAUUUGCCAUUGACAUCCUAUAAAAAGGAUGACUAUCCCUGGUGUAAUUAAUAUUUUAUCACUUAGUUUGUAUAUGUAUCAUGUAAUAUUGGAAUUUUGAAUAAAUUUAUAUUUAAUUUUU